AAAAAACAUCAGUUUGUUUAUUGCAGCACUAAUUACGAGAUGCACGAGUGUUGUUCCUGGUGACAUGAUGAAGAUAUUUCGGCCUGCUAGGGAAAAAACUCAGUAAACGUAGAUAUAUUGACAAAAUUUGUAGGUACUUGUAACGAUAUGUCACGAUGCUGCAUUGUCAGAUACAGUAUUUAUACAUGCAUGCUAAAAAGUUAAAUCUCGUAGUAAUCAAUAUAGCAGAAGAAUAAUGAAGAGUACAUACUACAAAAACUGUGCAAUUUGUAGCAAGAUUAAUUUUUGUUUAACAGCUGUUUUUAUUACAUUUUAUUUCGUAUUAUUACUACCAAAUACUGCUACCGUUUGUUAAUGUUAUGCACAUGGUUAUCUUGUACUUGCAAGUAAAUGUAACAUUUAAAAAAAAAAUAAUGAAAAAAUAAGUCAUUUAGGCUAUUUGAUAAUAACAUGCUAAAUGAACAUGUUUUGCUUUUUAAUUCUCCUUCACUCAGUCUUUGUAUAAUGUAUAUUUUUAGACGAGCUGAUCGCCAACCAGGAGAUCAGAAUGAUCGCAUCUGCUCCUGCCACUUUAAGGAUGGUAAGAAGGAGGGGGACCCUGCAUAUUUUGCAUGGAAUGAAGGAAAGGCCAUGGAUUUCUCUGAUCCUGAAUUUACAAAAAGGAGGAAAAAACUCAAAAGUGAGGAGUCCCUGUCAUCUUAAGAUGGACCAGUUGCAGAUUCCACAAGCACCAAAAUGUCAAUAUCAAGAAAAAUUGAUAUCAGAGCACAACUACUCAGCAUCCUGCACAUUUAACUGUACUCAAGAAAUGCAGCGCCUCUCAACAGAAAUACAACUGGAAAAGGAAUUGCUUGCCCUAAAAAUAGAGUCUAGUAAAAGGAAGCCAAUAUCAAUCCACGAUAUUAAAUACAACGAAGAGAAGUGUUAGGUAUCUGAUCAGCAGGGGCAUUUUCUCUAUAUAAGAAGAAAAUGGAGACUCCCUACCCACCUGAUGUAUUUUGUCGGACAGUUUUCUGUACAUUG